AUGGGAUUCGAUGCCAUGGGGUUCGAUGCCAUGGGGUUCGAUGCCAUGGGAUUCGAUGCCAUGAAGAUAAGACACCCCUCUGUAAAUGUGUCAAACACAUGUUUGAGCGUGGAAGAUUCAGAUGAGUUAGCGAGAAAAUAUCCUUCACAUGCAAUGAAAAAGUCUUUUAAAGCUGUGUGCAAGGGUUAA